ACAUAUUUUGGAAAGAAAUACUUUGGCCGAUAAAAGCUAUUUUUUUCAGCUGAUAAUUUUUAGUUUUCGAAUAUAAAUUUGUCUAUCUAUCAGAUUAUCCAGACGCAAGAGUCUAGAUCUUAACGUGUUUUGUGAAUAAGGAUGACUAGGAACUUCAUUAACUAUGUUUUCGGGAUAUAUAUUUUAUCCCUUAUAGUUUUAGUCGACUCGAAGGGAGUACUUCUGAUCAUAGGCGGCGACACAGGUUUGGAGCUUGGUGCUUAUAACAAUUCUGACGUGUCUACGCAAAGCAUCGACCGACUGGCCAUCAAUGGCGUAUUGUUUAAACGGGCCUACACAAGCUCUGUCAGCGGCGGCUCUUCAAGCAGGUCUGAAAUCCUGACAGGGAUCCCGGCUCACCAAAAUGGGAUGUUUGGACCUCACUCCCUGCCUUCUUAUUUUAGAACCUAUGAUGAUGUCGUAAGCAUUUCUAAAAUGUUGUCAGCGGAAGGUGUCGCCACAGGUAUAAUAGGUCUUGAAAGCCUGGGCCCUGAAUCUGUAUUUGGAUUUAAUUAUCGACAGACGGACUCCAAUCACGAUGACCUGAGCAUAAGCCGAAAUAUUUCCUUCAUCAGCAGCUACGUUAAGGACUUCCUGACACAACACAGGCGAGAAAAUUUUUUUCUGGUUGUUUCCCUUGGAGACGCUGAGAGAUGUAGGCGACCAGAGUACGGGCAGUUUUGCGAGGACUUUGGAGACGAACAGGAUCCAGCGGGCAGCAUCCCUGGCUGGAAGCCUUCGACCUACAACGCCAGCUCGCUUCGCCUCCCCUACUACAUCCCAGACCUGGAGGAUGCCAGAGAAGAUCUGGCAAGCCUGUACCGCAGUAUAAACAGACUUGAUCAAGGUGUAGGGCUCAUUAUGAGUGCGUUGGUCAAUGCGGGUCUCUUUGCAACCACACUGACCAUUUUUACUUCUACUGGUGGAGUUGGAUUUCCCGGAGCUAAAUAUAACGCACUGGACAGUGGUUCUCGAGUUCCUCUUAUCAUUGCGUCUUCAGGCUACAGCAUUGGGCAGGUGUCCGAUGCUUUGGUCUCCACUUUAGAUAUCGCGCCGACAAUCAUGGACUAUUUUGGUUUGCCUUUCCCAAAAUAUUCUAUAGCCGGCAAGCAGGUAGUACCAACUGGCAUAUCUCUGGUUCCAUUACUCACUGACCCAACAAAAUCAGGCCAUUCGUAUGUUUUCUCUGCUCAAAAUUUUCUGCAGGUCAAUCAAGAAUUCCCCAUUCGAGCCAUUAGAAAUGACAGCUACACAUUGAUCUGGAAUAAAUGGGAUACAUUUCCAAUAGCAGCCGAGAUUUUCACCUCACUGACUUAUACGUACCUGGUCAACCAGAGUAAAAGUCACCAUCACUCGAACUGGUGGAUAGAGCUGCCCAAAUAUCUUCACAGGGACCAGUAUGAGUUGUAUGAUUUGACCAGUGACCCUUACGAGGUAUACAACGUGGCUACUGAGCCUCGUUACAGCGACGUCUUUCAAGAAUUACAAGCCCUUUUGAAGAGUUGGCAACUAUCGACCUUUGACCCCUGGCUAUGUUCGAGUGGCUUUAUUAAUAUCAACGAUAAAUGUGUCAGCUAUUUUUAAGCACAGUUGCCGCCCCCCCCCCCCCUUUUUUUUUUCACGACCUUUGGAUUUGGUGUGAUUUAACCGACACCAUUCGUUAGAGGAUGCCUCAACACUGAACUACAACGUCGCAGCAGUGGCGUAGCUAGGAUGGGGGGAAGUGUGUUCAAAUUGGAAAAUCCCUCCGGGCCACUACUUAAGGGGGUCCCCAAAUGAGUGCCAGAAUUUUUUUUUUUUACAUUAACUAUUAAGCAAAUGCCAUGUUAUCUUGCUAUUCAUGUUGUUAUGUAAAUUAGUGACCAUGUUGCAUGUAUUCUACACAUUAGACAUAAAUUUAUUAAGAACAUUAUCGCAUGUCUUGAUGUUGAAUACCAAAAUGCACGGCCCCCUAAUGAGGCCAAGCCAAAGGCCACCAAAAUCCCUUGCUACGCCACUGCGUCGCGGAUCUGUGACGUGGCUACGAGCUAUUGGUCUCUACUGCCCACAGUUUGUGACGUUGCUGGUCAGAGUUCAGGCCUUCUGGAACGAUGAGUCUCGAAUUAACUCAGCCCUCACCAUCAAAGUUUUAGUUAAGCAUCUGCAAACCUUAACAAAAUAAUGAGACAAGGUUAAAGUGUGUGUGUGUGUGCAGGUGGGUGUUAGAGAGAGAAUGAGUGGGAAUGUGAUUGAAACAUAGAUGUUUAUAUUUUAUUAGUAAGGUCACAAAAUUGAUUUAUAAUAUUCUUGUACAUUUAUACGAAAAAUGAAAUUAAGUCAAGGGAGCUAACGUGUGCUUCGGUGUUACCAACUGGAUAUAAGGAAUUGAAUGUAUACACAAUAUUGUACCCUGUGUGAUCUCUACAUUUUAUGCUUUGUUUUGUAUUCUAUUGUUAUGUCUUAAAUGUUUGUUAUUCAAUUGGUGGAUGAAUAUAACAUCUUGUCAUCAUUGUCUCCCGUCGUUCUCUCCUUUCUAUCACAGACUUUCGUCUCUCCAAAUAAAAAGAACAUUUUGAACA